GCAGAAUGAGCGUUGGUUUCUUGUUAACCCAAUUCAAACUUUCCUCUAUUUGUUUCUACGAUGAUCGGGAGCAGGACUUUCUGUGGAUUAUCCGUGAUUUACAUUGGAAAGCGUUUAAAUAACGCACCGAAAGGACUUGAUAGCGUUUUUUAAACUUUGUGUCCACGGAAAGAUAACUGUAUUUCUCACGGGACGAACUCUGACAGUGUGUGAAUGACCAGCACAGUUGCCUGACAGCCAUUAUGUCAGGAGCGAUGAUACAGAAUGGCUCCCUCCCAGGUUUAGAGGAAGGUGACAUUCUUGAUCCUGAGUUCCAGCAGCGUCUGGAAGAUGCCCGCACUGUUCUGAGGCAGGAAAUCCAGAGAGAGCUGAAGAUCAAAGAGGCAGCAGAGCGACUGCGGAGAGCUGUGACCAACCGCAGAAGUGCUGCUGAUGUGGAGGGACAACUCAAGGCCUCCAGCCGCAAACUGGAGAAGUUACAUUGGGAGCUCCAGGAGCUCAAUGCUAGGUCCAUGGCCACAGAGAAGGAGAACGUUACCAAUGCAUCAGAUGAGGUUGACAGACAAUCAUCAGAAGCAUGUCAGUGGGACGACACAACUUCUCCUCUGGCCUGCCGCGUCCGGACUCUGAAGAAACAGUUAACAAUGGAGACAAAGGUCAAACAGGGUGCAGAAAACAUCAUCCACACGUACCAGUACAGUGCAGUAAAGGACAGAAAGAUGUUGUCAACUGCUCAGCAAAUGCUGCAAGAUAGUCGCACUAAAAUUGAGUUGCUUCGUAUGCAGAUUAUCAAAGUCACACAAGCCAAAGAUGACGGACGUGAUGGUUCAGUUGGUCAUCCAGUCGAUAUGAUCAGUCCUCUGGAGCUGAGAAUAGCAGAGCUUAUGCACCACAUGAAGAUUGAAUCAGCUGUGGCAGAAGGUGCCAAAAACGUGGUAAAGCAACUGGGUGGACGCAAGAUCCAGGACCGACGCAUUCUAGCGGAGGCUCAGGCCCGAAUGCAUGAGUCAGCUCAAAAGGUGGAUUUGCUGCACCUGUCAUUAGAGAGGCGUUUAAGUGAGCUCCCGCAGGACCAUCCUAAAUAUGCUGUGAUCAAGCAGGAGUUGGCUUCAGUAUUGUCGUCAUCCUUAAGUAGCCCAAAUAGGCAACAUCACACCCUAUCAUCCUCUUGCUCUUCUUCCUUUUUUAAACCAGCCAGUCUAACAGGCCGCUUAGAGGUGUGUUUGAUGGGCUGCCAGGACCUGCUGGAGAGCGUGCCCGGCCGGGGUCAUGUCACGCGCCUCUUUGCUGCUGGCACUGAUGGAAAGUCUCUGAAGAUGAGAGCUGGGCUGUCAGGCCGUAGCACCAACGGCAAGACCAGCAGGGCAGAGGAGUUGUCAUCUGAGAUAAGUGCAGUGCUUAAGGUGGACAACAGGAUUGUAGGGCGCACGCAUUGGAGACAGCUGGGCAAAGAAGCCUGGGGCCAGAGCUUCAGCACCGAGCUGGAACGGUCCAGGGAGUUAGAGAUUGCAGUGUACUGGAGAGACUGGAGGGCAUUAAGUGGGGUCAAGUUUCUGCGUCUUGAGGACUUCCUUGACAAUCAAAGACAUGGCCUGUGUUUGGAGCUGGAACCACAGGGCAUCCUCUUUAUUGAGGUUACAUUCAUCAAUCCUGUCAUUGAGAGGCCUUCUAAACUUCAAAGGCAGCGAAGAAUAUUUCCCAAAGAAAAAGGAAAGAAUUUCCUGCGUGCUGCUCAAAUGAACAUGAACUUUGCGACUUGGGGCCGUUUGAUGAUGAGCAUCCUCCCUCCUUGCAGUUCUCUAGAGCCCUUGAGUCCCCCAUUAGCAGGUUCCAACACUGCCCUCCCCUCCUCGGCCACAUCCCCUCCUCGGAAAUCUGUAGCAAAUGUUAAUAGUAAUGAAGAACAAUCCCCAAUUUGCUCAAGAAAAAACAAAGACUCCCUGCUAAUUCAUGACAACAGAAGUUUGAUGCCUAAAAGACAACCUUCUAUUCAGCCAAAGCUCAAGAAAGGACUACACAUUGAGGAAUUCAAUUGCAUUUCAGUGCUGGGAAGAGGGCAUUUUGGAAAAGUGCUGUUGGCAGAGUACAAGAAGACUGGAUUGUUGUAUGCCAUCAAAGCUCUAAAGAAAGGGGAUAUUGUCACACGUGAUGAAGUUGACAGCCUCAUGUGUGAAAAAAGGAUCUUUGAAGUGAUAAACGCCUCACAGCAUCCUUUCCUGGUUAACCUUCAUGGCUGCUUCCAAACAUCUGACCAUGUGUGUUUUGUGAUGUCUUAUUCACCUGGUGGGGACCUCAUGACACACAUACACACCAGUAUAUUCAGUGAGAAGCAGACUCGGUUUUACUCGUCAUGUGUGCUACUCGGAUUGGAAUUUCUUCACCAAAACAAAAUUGUUUACAGAGAUCUAAAGUUGGAUAAUCUGCUUAUGGAUGCUGAUGGUUAUGUCAGGAUAGCAGACUUUGGCUUGUGCAAAGAAGGUAUGGGCCAUGGGGAUCGGACGUCAACAUUCUGUGGGACACCAGAAUUUUUAGCUCCUGAGGUACUCACUGACAACAACUAUACCCGCAGCGUGGACUGGUGGGGGCUUGGGGUUCUUAUUUAUGAGAUGCUUGUUGGAGAGUCGCCAUUCCCAGGUGACGAUGAGGAGGAAGUCUUCGACAGCAUUGUCAAUGAUGAUGUACGCUACCCUCGCUUCCUUUCCCCUGAGUCUGUUUCUCUCAUUCAGAAGUUGCUGCAGAAAAAUCCCGAGAUGAGACUAGGAGCUGGAGAGGAAGAUGCUGCCGAGAUCAAAAGACACAAAUUCUUUCAGGGUGUUGACUGGGAAGCUCUACUAGCCAAAAGAAUGAAGCCUCCAUUCGUUCCUGUUAUCAAGGCAGCUCAGGACGUCAGUAACUUUGACAAGGAAUUUACUUCCCUCAAACCUGUUCUCACUCUCCCACGAACACCUUGCGUUCUCUCAGCUGAACAACAAGAGAUAUUUGCAGACUUUGACUUUUCCUUUAUGAGAUAAACAACUAACCAACAUAACUCCUCAAAUUCAGAUGCAAAUCAUGGUCCUGAUUUUCGAGU